CCUAGCCACAGCCAUGGGAGCCUACCACUACCAGCCCGUGGUGUAUCACCAUCCCCACAACCAGAAACCAUCCGGCAAAAAUCCAGGCUACUUCGUGUCCAAACACGCCUGCGCUUGGCUCGGCUGCGGCUUCCUCUCCCUGGCUCUCCUUCACCUCCUCUGCUGCGCUCCCGCCGCCACUCGUCAAGCCGCCUUCUCUCCUCUCCGCCAAUACAUCAACAACACCUACUCCUUCGUCUCAACAGUACCGGGAGGAGGGAAGAGCUGCAACUAUUCGGAGGGGAGUUGGGUGUGGGCGCCGGGCCAUGGACGGCGGUACAACGCCACCGGGUGCAACGUCAAGGAGAGCCACGACUGCAUCCGCAACGGCCGGCCCGACACCGGCUACCUCGACUGGCGGUGGCAGCCCGCGGCGGCCGGGUGCACGCUGCCGGCGUUCGACGCCGGGUCGUUCCUCGCGGCGGUGCGCGGCAAGCACGUCGCGUUCAUCGGCGACUCCAUGGCUCGCAACCAGGCCCAGUCCCUCAUCUGCCUCCUCACCGCCGCCGCCGCCGACUUGCCCCACCGCCUCGUCUACCGCGGCACCGGCGCCUACCCGGACAAGUACAACUACUGGCGGUACGCGUUCCCGUCGCACGGCGUGACGGUGUCCUUCUACUGGACGCCGUUCCUCGUCAGGGCGGAGGGCAAGUCGGUGGACGACGGCCUCCGCCACAACUACGUCCACAUCGACGAGCCCCACGGCCGGUGGGCGGCCGACGCCGGCACCAUCGACGUGGCGGUGCUCGCCGCCGGCCACUGGUUCCUGAACGGCGCCGUCUACUACAACGGCAGCGGCGAGGUGGUCGGCGUCCACAACGCCCCGCCGGAGUUCGCCAACCACACCCUCGUCGGCUACGCGUGGCCGCUCCGCGCGGCGUUCCGGUCGGCGAUUGAGCGGCUGCUGACCUCCGGGCGGCCGCGGCCGCGGACCCUGGUGCUCGCCACGUUCUCGCCGUCGCACUUCGAGGGGAAGCCGGCGGAGAACCCGACGUCGUGGGUGUGCACCAAGACGGAGCCGUACAGGGAGGGGGAGAAGGAGAUGGCGUGGGUGGUGAAGGACACGAGGGGCAUCGUCUACGACGUGGUGGACGCCGCGAGGGCGAGGUAUGGCGAUGUCGGCAGCGGCGGCGGCGCGGUGAGGAUCGAGGUGCUGGACGUGACGAAGCUGGCGUCGAUGCGGCCGGACGGGCACCCCGGCGUGUACAUGAACCGUGACCCGUUCGCGAACGGCGGCGUGGAUGAGCAGAAGUUGGUUUCCGAUUGCCUCCACUUCUGCUUGCCUGGGCCGGUCGACACCUUCAACGAGAUUCUUGUGCAGCUUCUCAAGAGAGGCCGGUGAAAAUGUGGCUAGGUUAUAUAUUACUGUGUGAGAAAUUUUUUUUUGUUUAGGUUUAAGUUCAUUAGCUUGAAAUUUUAAGGUAAUUUUUGGCUUAUAUAUUUUGUAAGCCGGUGGAUUUGAAAUCUUGAAUUUAAGAGUGGCUUAUGGCAUCUAUGUACUGUAUACUAAAAGUUCAUCAAACUUAUUACAAACACUCUCAAA